UCAUAGGAUCAUCAGACACAGACAGUCGUAAUCGGAAUGUCUAAUUUCCCGGCAGGCACCCAUUUUUUACCAAUAAAAGUAUUUACCUAGUUAUUAAAAAUUUAGUCAACAACGAAUGUGAUAUAUCUAUAGUAGUUAAAAUGAAACCAAAUGACCAAUAAUUCUAAAUUAUAUUGAAAUGGCGCCAAUGAUUUACACUUUAUAUGGUUUUGCGAUAUUUUUCUUCGCGUUUUGGUGUGCUUUGUGGUUACUACAUCUUAUAGCGAUAUUAUAUGGAAAAUACAAACUGCACAAAAAAAUUCCAGAAACCUUAGCAGAUGAACCACUCCCUGGAGUAUCUAUUUUAAAACCUCUUAUGGGAGUUGAUCCACAUUUGCUCUCCAACCUGGAAACAUUUUUUACGAUGAGAUACCCCAUUUAUGAACUUUUGUUUUGCAUAGAAGAUAGAACAGAUCCUUCAUUAGAAAUAGUGAAUAACUUAAUUGCCAAGUAUCCAAAAGUCCAAGCCAGUGUAUUUAUUGGGGGUUCAUCAGUGGGUGUCAACCCAAAAAUUAACAACAUGCAUAGGGCCUUCGAAGAAUCAGUCCACGAUUUUAUUUUGAUCUCAGAUAGUGGAAUACGCAUGAAAGAGGAUACACUCCAAGAUAUGGCUAGUCAUAUGUGUGAUAGAACAGGCAUUGUCCAUCAAAUGCCUUUCACUAGCGAUGGAAAUGGUUUUGCAGCUACAUUAGAAAAAAUUUACUUUGGCACAGCGCAGUCAAGGAUGUAUUUAGCAGCAGAUUUUUUCCGAAUCAAUUGUCAUACUGGCAUGUCGACGUUGAUACGCAAAUGUGUCUUAGAACAGGAGGGUGGUCUCAAGAGUUUUGGCUGUUAUCUCGCAGAAGACUUUUUUAUAUCCAAACAUUUUAUAGAUAGAGGAUGGAGGACGACUAUUAGUAGUCAGCCGGCCAUGCAAAAUUCUGGUAUUUGUGAUGUGCGAAGUUUUCAAGCUCGUCUUAGCAGGUGGGCGAAACUACGUAUGGCAAUGUUGCCGCUCGUGAUAAUAUUUGAACCUUUAACUGAGUGCAUGGUGAUUGGAAUCUUUGCUGGUUGGGCAACUAGUGUGUUGUUCAAAUGGGAGUUUUUGACUGUUUACAUGAUUCAUAUUCUAGUGUGGUUCAUUUGUGAUUGGAUACUAUUGUCAAUAGUUCAGAAUGGUGUUUUGCCAUUUAGCAAAUUUGAAUUUAUUAUUGGAUGGUUGUUUCGGGAGUGCAAAGGACCAUGUCUUUUUAUAUCAGCAGCAUUUGAUCCAUCCAUACAAUGGAGGAACCGAAGUUUCAAACUUGCCUGGGGUGGGAUCGCCCAGGAGGUCAAGCCUAGAAUAAAAUGUUAGAUGUUUUAAACAUUAAGCCGCUCGUUAACAAACACUACUAAAACGAAUUUCAUUACUUCAUUGUUAAAAAAAAAUUACAGAACUUUUUUUGGAUUUCCAGCUAUUUUUUACUUUUAUAUGUUGCAACAUAACUAACUACUUAAGUGAUCAUUGCACGCCCCUAUGAGCAUCUCCAGUUUAUAGUCGCCGUCACAGAUAUUUGAGAUUCCUACAAAAAACGAUUUCUUUGUCGCGAUGCCCGGAUAAACAAAACCUCUACAGAUAAGGGUUGAGAAUAAAUUUAGUCCAAGAGCAUCAAUUAAAUUCAUUGUGCAUAUAGUAUUAUUGUAUUGUUCUGGAUUCGAUUAAAUACUUAAUUUCUUGCAUCUUCAGAAAAUUGAGAAAUAAUUUUAAACAUUAUUUACAAUUUAAACCGAAUAAUUUCAAACCAAUAUCAUCUUGUACUCAAGUGAUUCCUGACACGUGCUCCCUGACUAAAUGCAGGCCCGCUGAUAAUAUAAAUAUACUUUUUUGUACGAAUCUCGGAAUAUAUCUGGUGGAUACUAUACAAGACCUAAUGCUUUAAAAAAUGCUUGUCAUUAUAAUUAAGUAUGCAUAUCUUACUUUUUGAAACUAUACUUCUGGACAAAAUUAUCGCACCACUGCUUAUGUGAUGCUUAUGUGCAGUGGUGCGAUAAUUUUGUCUAGGAGUAUAUUUAUUUGUUAUUUUCUUCAUUUACAACUCAUAUAUCUUAUGCGCUACCAUCGAGCAAAAAUGUUUUUUUCUGGAAAUAUCAGUAUUAAGAAAGCUUCUAAAGGAACAAUGAAGCUUUCAGGAUUUUAAUUAAAAACAUUUUUCUUUGAUGGUAAUUGUUUUGUAGGUAGUUCAUUUUUUUAAUUACUUAAUUUUUUUGUGUUACCUUUAUUCCUUAGAAAUUAAUGUGUUAUUAUUUUUGCUUGUUAUUUUUUUUUUAGCUUUUCAUGUUUAGGUUAUAGGUUUUUUUUUUGUUUAAAAAUACCAUAUUUUACCAAUUGUGCUAUGAUUCUAAGUGUGCCAGCCAGUUCUUAAAAGUUGUAUCAUAGGCCAAUAAGGAUUUUGCUUUAAAGCUAAAUUUUUUGUAUAGGUUUAUGACUUUUUUUUUUCAAGAACUAUCUAGUUUGGAAGGUGAGCAUUUUAAAGUAAGUGUGAAGGAUAGGAGCUUUUGUUUUUUUUUUUGAAUGGCCAAUCUUCUUUUACUUUAAAAAAAAUGGCGGUUGUCAAUAAUAAUUUUAUUGGCCUAUGAUGGUGAUAACUGGUUAAAAGUUGGCUUGGCUCAUUUUAUUAAUUUUUUCCGGGUUUCAGUUUCUUGUACUUGUCUUUAUUGAAUGAAGCUUUCGUUACAUAUUUUGAUUUAGAUGAUAAUCAAAUAAAUAAAACAGGAAACUAUAAAUGAAUUUUUAACAUGUUUUAGACCUGACACUCAUUAAAGUUAUGCACAUUUUGUAUAACACCUGAAAUGCUUAUUUCACAGAGUGAAACGAUUUUAUUUAUUAUUUAGGCUUGGACUGUUGCAAGCCUGAAGGAAUAUCCUAUUGUGUUUAUUGACGAAUAAAAUUAGACCUACAAUCUCGAGGAAAUGGCAAUGGCAGCUAUUCAAGCCAAUACGUAAUACCUACUUUAUUAAUUUAUUAAUAAAAAAUGGGUGUUAUGUUUUUGUAGAUUUCUUUGUUCUUUGAUAAUAAACAAAAUUGUUCACUUUGUGUUUUGUUAAAAUAUUGUUUAAGCUUUCAAAAUUAGGACAUAUAUUUUCACUUGAAGCCUUGACUGAUCUCCAUUUGAAAUUUACUGGCAUCUGAAUUACUUGGCACUCAUCUACAGCUUUAUUUACAUCCUUUGUUUUACAGAAUCUAAUUUAUUUUUAUAUUUAUUUUUAUGUAUGUAUAUAUGUAUUUAUUAAACGUUUCGUUGCUACUAGAAUCUUCAAACAAAACUUUUGUAAAAAUCGAUUCUAAAUAUAUCAUGUCUCAA